UUUAGAGCACAGCCGAGAGGGAGGAGAAGAGAAAGGGCGACAGAGGCGAGCUUAGAGACACUGGCGAGAAGACAAACGAUGUAGUCAGGAUGAAGACUUAAGUCACGGUGAUUUUUCUCACGAUAGGACUGCAAGACUUUAAAGCAAAAACAGAACCCGGCAUCGCACACUGCAAGGAGAGGUAAAAGUGAAGUCCGACGUCGCACUCCUCCUGCGCCCGGCGCGCCUCGGUGUCACGGCACAGAGGAAUCCUGGAUGAGCGGAAACUGUGAACUUCAGCACCUGAGGAGAGGACAGCUCCCCCGUAUGUGCUGCUCCUCCAGGACCUCCUGUCCCCAAAACCACCGCCAACACUUCCAGUCUCACAGGCUGCCUAACAAGUCUGGAAGAAGUCUGAACAAGAUCCACUGACGGAGAGAUCCGCUGCUGACUGUAUGCUCAAUAUGUACCAGGGGCAUUUACAAGGGAAAGACUCUAGGGCUGCAGAUAAGACUGUUGCCAUGGUCCUGAAGGAGAUACCCAGUAAGGCGUCAUCAGAAGGGAAGCCCCUCCUCACAGUGACUACCAAGUUGGUGAGUGAGCAACAAGAGAGCCGCCCCCUCCUAAGCCCCUCCAUCGACGAUUUUCUCUGCGAGACCAAGUGUGAUGGGCUUUCCCGCCCAUUGACUUCCAACACAGCUGUUCUGUCUUCAACACUGGACCUGCUGGAUCUGAGUGAACCUGGUGAUAGGAAAACCAUCAAGAACAGGAGGAGUCCGCUGUCGUCCCGCGGCAACAGCCUGAAGAAAAACGCUCACAGGAAGAAGACGGAUGAGACCGAGCUGAUCCAGGUGGAAAUAGAACAGACAGGACCAAGCAUGAGAACCCCUGAGAGGGCGUCCAUAGAUUCAGUGACGAUUGGUUCACCAUUGGAUAAAUGGGAAGAGCUGAACCCAAACCCUGAAAGGAAUGGCAACAGGAAAUGGAAGUUAGAAAGAAGGCGUUCUUCAAAAAACUCCUCCAAUGAGUUUCUCUGGUCCAUCGACUGUAAAUCCCAAUUAGAGCCAUCGAAUAAGAACUCCCUAGAAGUAAAUACCAAAGCGGAUCCAGAGGCUGCCCUAGCAUCUCAACUCAACAGGCAGUAUAUUAGUGGAAGACAUGCUCGCCUAAAUAAGGAGCAGCGGUUGGGCAGCGCCCUCUUGUCCAGGAAUCAGUCCCUGGAGGAGGAGUUUGAGCGAGCCAAAGCUGCUGUUGAGUCAGACACAGAGUUCUGGGAUAAGAUGCAGGCGGAGUGGGAAGAGCUUGCUCGGCGGAACUGGCUGACAGAAAAUGAGCAGGCGCAGAUUCCCUCCAGUGUCUCUCCGCAUGAGAAGGGUUACUACUUCCACACAGAUAAUCCAUAUAAGGACUUGCCUAACGCAUUUGAAGAGGGACAAAAGAAGUCCAAAGAAGGAGACUUGCCAAACGCUGUUCUUAUGCUGGAAGCUGCUGUCCUGCAGGACCCUCAUGAUUCAGAGGCUUGGCAAGUGUUAGGGACCACCCAGGCUGAAAAUGAGAACGAACAGGCGGCCAUCGUCUCCCUACAGCGGUGUUUGGAGCUCCACCCAAACAACCUCCCAGCCCUCAUGGCUCUGGCAGUGAGCCUGACCAACACGGGUAUGCGCAACGAUGCCUGUGAGGCCCUGCUCCGCUGGCUGCGGCACAAUCCAAAGUACAAACACCUGCUGAAGGGAAAGACACAACUGGUCGGAUCCCCAAACUCUCAACGAAGGAUGUCACAUGUUCUUAACAUGGGAAGACAUGAAAGCUCCCUGCAACCCGAGGUCAAGGAGCUCUUUCUGGAAGCAGUUCAGCACAACUCUGACAGCAUCGACCCAGAUUUACAGACAGGCCUUGGGGUGCUCUACAACCUCAGCGGAGAGUUCAACAAAGCUGUGGAGGCCUUUAAUACAGCGCUAUCAGUGCGGCCCGAGGACUACUUGUUGUGGAAUCGCCUUGGAGCCACGCUUGCAAAUGGGGACCGGAGUCAGGAGGCCGUGGAGGCGUACACACGAGCCCUGAAGCUACAGCCAGGAUUUAUCAGGUCUCGCUACAACCUGGGAAUCAGCUGUAUUAACCUCGGGGCUCACAGAGAGGCAGCCAGUAACUUCCUGACAGCCUUAAGCCUUCAGAGGAAAAGCGGGAGUCGCCAGCAGAACCACCAGGUGAUGUCUGGAAACAUCUGGGCUGCUCUGAGGAUAGCUUUAUCCAUGAUGGACCAGCCCGAGCUCUUCCAGGCUGCAAAUAUUGGUGACCUGGAUCUUCUCAUGCGAGCCUUCAAUUUAGACAUCUGAGGAGUGGGUGGUACUAACACUCACUUCUUGAUUUCAGCCAAAGACCAAAGUGCACACAUCAGAAUGGAUCAAAACUGGUGUUACAGACAAGAGUGUGAUUUUUAUGCAUGUCAAAGUUAACUACAGACAUCAAAGUUGUUAUAUUUUUGUCUCAAGUACCUUGGAGCAGGUCUGAGGACAGGUUCUUCCAAGUAGUGACUGCUUUGUGAUGGAUUUGCACUGCAAUUUGUGAUUUCCCUGAAGAGCACAAGGACGGGCAAAGAUUGUAUGAGCAAUGCCUUAGAGAACACAUCAAUUAAAAACUGACUCAUCCAGUGGAACAGAGCUAAGCCAGUGGAGACGUGCAGACAGACAGUUCCAGCAGGGUCUCACAGAGGAACCUUCACUUGCCGCUUUGCAGAGAAAAGAGGAGGUCUCGAGGAAAAAAAAAAAAGGUUUCGUUAUCCAAUUACUUUCAAAGACUCGAGACUGUCUCACCCUCCUGAAGGAUGGAUUUAGUGAGCAAGUGAUAAAGACUGCACCAUAUGACCUGGAACUCCAGAUUCAAUUCCUGGCUUGUUUUCAUCCUCUUUCAACAGACAAUGAUACUGCAUGAAAAGCAUUUUCAUAAAUGGAUCCUUGUUAAAAAUUAACAUACUUUGAGAAGUUUUCCCUUUGCACUUCAGACAAACAGAUAACUUCCUCAACCCAAGUGGAAUGUGCAAGCCAGGUUGUAAAGCCUUACUCUAAUGCAUGCGAACAACAAUAUUUAUUUAUACUAUUUUUAUUGCAACACAGUAACACUAAGCCAUGUUCAGACUGGUUUUGAUUUCUUUAAAUAACUGUCGUCUUUUGAACUUGAAAGCUGUCUGAGCCAUUUAUUUUUAUUUAUUUUUUCAGUCUUGGCUCCUGGCUUUUGUUUGUUCCCUUUAUGCUGACUGUGAGGAGAAAUGCAGAAAAUCUGGGCAACACUGAUCUGUCAAACCUUCAUUUGUGUGAAAACUUUCAGAGUUCUCUCUGAUGAAAGAAAGUUUGACAGGUCUAAAAAUAUCUCUGUCCGCUUAGGAUGGCUUUAGUAGCCCAUACAUCAUUCUCUCAUUUUCCUAACAGAAUUCAAUACAGCUUAAUAGCAUUACAGGUAAAAAUAAAUGUGUAGCUGCAAGCCAAGACCUUAAAGAGCUUUGGAUAUUUCCUAAUGCAGUCAUUUGUAUCUUCGCUGCGGCUCUGCGGGCAGGGAAGCUCACACAUUUAAUUAAAUCAGUUUGCCUCAGCCAUCAUGCAUGAUUUAAAUAUUUGUGUAAGCUUGAGCAGGAUGCUGCACAUAUUUGAAAUGUUUUCGCUCCACCGUCUGCAAACGUUAGUUUACAUAAUGAUUAUAGAAAACAUUUAGUUAUCCUGCAACCAAAAAACACGUUUGUAAGGAGACAUUUCUUUCAGAAGAUUCUUUUGUUGUUGUUGCAAAACCUCAGAAGCAAAGUUAUUUUCUUAUAACACACUUUUUUUUGGCAAAUACCCUCUUCUGUGUCACUAGUCACUCUGUGCACUGAACACCAACAGAGUCAAGUAAAUGAUAGAUAAUCUGCUGUACUUUAUAGCUCAACACCUUGCUGGUUUGACAGGUGUUGUCCACAGCCUGGGUGUGCUGGAGAAAGUGGGUUUCUAUAUUCAGAUCCUAUGCAAAAAGGUCAUGCUUUAUGUUGCCAUUCAGAUUGUCAGGUUGGUCUUGUCUGCCUCAGCAGACCAAAAAGAAGUGGUGAUUCAGUGCUUUGAGAGAAUGCUAUCAGGGGAAACCAGAGACCAGUUCAAGAGCCAUUCAUUUCUCAAACUGUAACGCUUUGAUGCCAUGGUCUGAAUAGGAAGAAGUGCUUCAUUAGGAAACUGGGGAACAAAAAAAAGAGAGCAACAGAUACACACACACACACACACACACACACAUAGACAAAGCAUCCACCUGAACUGUAGCCUUCAUGUUUUAUAUCCACAUGGUAGAACAAUAUGUCUUUGGCCUCCAUUGCUCCCACCAAAUUCAAACUGUACAUCAAACUUUGCCAUCUGAUACAUGUUCUAUUCCACAUGUCUGUUGCAUUUGUUCUCCCAGAAACUCACCUUGGAUGCACUGAGAAGA